UCUACCUGACAGGUACAGACGCACCUGGUCGCCAGGUAAAACUUACUGACUGCUGUAGGUGUAAUCUGGACAUUUUAUUUGUGUGUCGAUAUUUGAAUUUAUUGUUGUCGUUUGUUUUCUUUCGGUUAUGGAUGCCCACUGUCAAAGUAAAAUAUCAAGAUCGUAGUCAUAUCUUGGUUCUCUGUUUUACGAUGUGAUCGGAGUUUUAGUUUAUUGAAUUAAAAGAACACACCGACGGUGCCUUUCUGAAGUGCCGAAAUAAAGGAACACCACCAUGGUUAUCGUAACGAGGGGGGAUUAUAUCUGGAUUGAACCCCAGACUAAAAGAGAGUUCGAUGUUGCGAUUGGAGCAAGGGUCACAUCUGCAGAGGGAAGGCGUAUACAAGUCAUUGAUGAUGACGGAAAGGAACAAUGGCUUACUCCAGAGAGGAGGAUUAAAGCCAUGCAUCCAACAUCGAUACAAGGAGUGGAGGACAUGAUAUCAUUAGGAGAUCUUCAUGAAGCUGGAAUUUUAAGAAAUUUACUUAUUCGUUACAAUGAAAACCUUAUUUAUACAUACACAGGCUCAAUUUUAGUUGCUGUAAAUCCUUAUCAAAUCCUGCCUAUUUAUACUGCUGAACAAAUAAAAUUAUAUAAAGACAAAAAGAUUGGUGAAUUACCUCCUCAUAUAUUUGCAAUUGGUGAUAACAGUUAUAACAACAUGAAACGAUAUAAACAAGAUCAGUGCAUAAUUAUCAGUGGUGAAAGUGGAGCUGGUAAAACUGAAAGUACAAAACUAAUUCUGCAGUAUCUAGCUGCAAUUAGUGGUCAACAUUCAUGGAUAGAACAACAAAUUUUAGAAGCUAAUCCAAUUUUAGAAGCAUUUGGAAACGCUAAAACUAUUAGAAAUGAUAACUCAAGUAGAUUUGGAAAGUAUAUAGACAUUCAUUUCAAUAAGUCUGGAAUUAUUGAAGGUGCAAGAAUCGACCAAUAUUUAUUAGAGAAGUCUCGUAUUGUUGGUCAGGCUACUGAUGAAAGAAAUUACCACAUAUUUUACUGUAUGCUUGCUGGUCUUUCUAGAGAAGAGAAACAAAAAUUGGAUAUAAGUGAUGCUUCAAAAUAUAAUUAUUUAACUCAGGGCAACUGCAUUACUUGCGAAGGAAGAGAUGACACUGCAGAAUUUUCUGAUAUACGUUCUGCUAUGAAAGUUCUUAUGUUUUCUGAUCAAGAAAUUUGGGAAAUUUUAAAAAUUUUAAGUGCUUUAUUGCACUUGGGUAACAUAAAAUAUAAAGGUACAGUUAUUGAUAAUUUAGAUGCCACAGAAAUAACUAAUGCUGGAAGUGUAAAUAGUGCUGCAAGGUUACUUGAGGUAAAUAGUUUGCAUCUUAUAGAUGCUUUAACCACUCGAACCAUUUUUGCUCAUGGAGAUGCUGUAGUAUCUAAUAUGAGCACAUCGCAAUCAGUUGAUGUACGUGAUGCAUUCGUAAAAGGAAUCUAUGGCAGAAUGUUUGUGUGGAUUGUCAAUAAAAUAAAUUCCGCUAUCUACAAGCCAAAACACAGUGCAGGCUACUACAGAACAUCCAUUGGUGUUCUUGAUAUUUUUGGAUUUGAAAACUUUUCUGUGAACAGCUUUGAGCAGUUCUGUAUAAACUAUGCAAAUGAGAACCUUCAGCAAUUUUUUGUUCGACACAUUUUUAAAUUGGAGCAGGAAGAAUAUAAUCUCGAGGCAAUCAAUUGGCAACACAUUGAAUUUGUGGAUAACCAAGAAGCACUUGAUCUUAUUGCUGUGAAACCUAUGAACAUUAUGGCUUUAAUUGAUGAAGAAAGUAAAUUUCCUAAGGGAACAGACCAGACACUUCUCAACAAGCUUCACAAGAUGCAUGGGAGUAACAAAAACUACUUAAAACCAAAAUCUGAUAUAAAUACUUCUUUUGGUUUAAAUCAUUUUGCAGGUGUUGUCUUCUAUGAUACAAGAGGAUUCCUGGAAAAGAACAGGGACACUUUUAGUGCAGACUUAAUACAACUGAUACAAGUUGCCAAUAAUAAAUUCCUCCAGAAUUUAUUUGUUCAUGAAAUUGGCAUGGGGACAGAUACCAGAAAGAAAACUCCAACCUUAAGUGCACAAUUCAAAAAGUCUCUUGAUUCUUUGAUGAGGACACUUAGUCAAUGUCAUCCUUUUUUCAUCCGUUGCAUCAAACCAAAUGAGCUAAAGAAACCUAUGAUGUUCGAUAGAGAAUUGUGUUGCAAGCAGUUGCGUUAUUCUGGCAUGAUGGAAACUAUUCGUAUUCGACGUGCAGGUUAUCCUAUACGGCAUACUUUUAAAGAAUUUGUUGAAAGGUACAGAUUUCUUAUACCUGGAGUUGGACCCGCUCAUAAGGUUGAUUGUAAGGCGGCCUGUAUUAAAAUAUGUGCUAUUGUGCUUGGGAAAACUGAUUACCAACUUGGAAGAACGAAAGUUUUCUUGAAGGAUGCUCAUGAUCUGUUUCUGGAGCAAGAACGGGACCGAGUUCUCACUAGAAAGAUCUUGAUUCUUCAGAAGGCUAUUAGAGGAUGGUAUUACCGCCGGCGGUUCUUGAGAAUGCGAAAAAGUGCAAUUAUAGUUCAAAGAUUUUGGCGAGGAUAUAUACAGAAACAACAUUACAAUUUUAUGAAAACAGGAUUCCAAAGGCUACAAGCUCUUAUUAGAUCAAGAAUAUUAUCUCAUAGGUUUAAACAUCUCAGAGGCCAUAUCGUUACGUUACAGGCUAGAUGCCGCGGAUUUUUAGUUAGAAGAGAACACAUGAAGAAGCAGUGGGCCAUCACAAAAAUCCAAGCAUUUGUCCGCCGUGUUGUGGCCCAACGCAGAUACAAGAAAUUAAAAAUUCAAAACCGACAUCGUCUAGAAGCUCUCAGAAUGCGGGAACAGGAAGAAGCUAUACUCAGAAAGCAAAUGAAUCCAAGGAAAGCCAAAGAAAUUGCUGAACAAAAAUAUCGAGAAAGACUUCAAGAACUGGAACUUCGGUUGCACGAAGAAGAGGUUGCUGAAAGGAUGAAUAUUGAACACAAAAAGGCUGUUAUUAUUGAUGCAUUUAAUCGUCAAGAAGAACAGCUUGAUGAUUCUAAACUGGUUGAUGCUAUGUUUGAUUUUCUUCCGCGAACUGAUUCCAGUAGUGAUCAAACAGCUCCCACUGCAUUUAAAGAUUUGGAAAGAUCGAGGGAAGCUGCUUUAGAAAUAUCAUCAGAAGCUGAAGGCUCAGUACCUGCACCACCAGUAGAUCAAGAGGAUCUCUCUGAGUAUAAAUUCCAGAAGUUUGCUGUUACUUACUUUCAAGGAAAUGCCACACAUCAGUAUCAGAGGAAGCCAUUAAAACAGCCAUUAUUACCAUUAACCACACAAGGUGAUUGCAUGGCUGCUUUGGCGUUAUGGAUUACAAUACUUCGUUUUAUGGGAGAUUUACCUGAACCAAAGUUUCAUACCAUGGAAAGAGAUAAUACCUCUGUUAUGAGUAAAGUAACAGCAACAUUGGGUCGCAAUUUCAUUAAAACCAAAGAAUUCCAAGAAGCUCAAUUGAUGGGAAUGGAUACUGCCAUUAUUCCAACUGAUGGUUACAACAAACAGAAAUCACGUAGUAUCAGAAAUAAAUUGGUUUCUCUCACUCUGAAGAAGAAAAAUAAAAUUACAGAGGAUGUACGCCGGCAAUUGCAGGAAGAAGAGUUGGCUGCAGACACUUACAGUAGUUGGCUUGAAAGUAGGCCAACUUCCAAUCUGGAAAAAUUGCACUUCAUUAUUGGACAUGGUAUUCUUCGAGAUGAACUUAGGGAUGAAAUUUAUUGCCAUAUAUGUAAACAACUAACAAAUAAUCCAAAUAAAAGUUCACAUGCUCGUGGUUGGAUUCUUCUUUCACUGUGUGUUGGAUGUUUUGCACCAUCAGAUAAAUUCGUGAAAUAUUUAUUGAACUUUAUUCGAGAAGGUCCCCCAGGGUAUGCACCUUAUUGCGAAGAUCGUUUAAGGAGAACUUUUAUGAAUGGCACUAGAGGACAACCUCCAUCUUGGUUAGAACUACAGGCUACCAAAUCUAAAAAACCUCUAAUGUUGCCAAUUACGUUUAUGGAUGGCAAUACUAAAACUUUAUUGGCUGAUUCUGCUACUACUGCUAGGGAACUUUGUGCUCAGUUGGCAGAAAAAAUUGGUUUGAAAGACCAGUUUGGCUUUUCUUUAUACAUUGCUUUGUUUGAUAAAGUUUCUUCUUUGGGAAGUGGAGGUGAACAUGUCAUGGAUGCAAUAUCUCAGUGUGAACAGUAUGCCAAAGAACAAGGUGCUCAAGAACGAAAUGCACCUUGGCGUCUGUUUUUCCGAAAAGAAAUAUUUGCUCCUUGGCAUGAUCCUACAGAAGAUCCUGUUGCUACAAACUUAAUAUUCCAGCAAGUAGUUAGAGGAGUAAAAUUUGGAGAGUACAGAUGUGAUAAGGAGGAAGAUUUGGCCAUGAUUGCAGCACAGCAGUAUUAUAUUGAACAUGGCUUAGAUUUAAGUAUGGACAGGCUAAUGGCAUUAUUGCCUAACUACAUACCGGAUUAUUGCCUGCAAAGUGGUGAUAAAAGCUUGGAAAGAUGGGCUAGUCUAGUUAUUACUGCUUGUAAAAAGAGUUAUUAUUAUAGAGAUCGAGUACCUAUUCCAAGAGUCAAAGAAGAUGUUGUUGAUUAUGCUAAAUUCAAAUGGCCUUUGCUCUUUUCAAGAUUUUAUGAAGCAUUAAGAUCAGCUGGGCCUCAUCUUCCUAAAAAUGAUGUCAUACUUGCAAUAAAUUGGACUGGUGUGUAUGUUGUCGAUGAUCAAGAACAGGUGCUCUUGGAACUGUCUUUCCCAGAAAUUACUUCAAUCAUUAGUCAAAAAGGAACACGCCCAUUUCUUCAGAGCUUCUGCAUAAGCACCGUACGUGGCGAAGAAUUCACAUUUCAAUCACCUAACUCUGACGAUAUCCGAGAAUUGGUUGAAUUCUUUUUAGAAGGUUUGAAAAAAAGAGCCAGAUACGUAAUAGCUCUGCAAGAUUACAAAGGUGACAAUCCAUCCUUUUUAAGUUUCACUCAAGGGGACUUGAUUUUGCUUGAUGAUGGCUAUUCUGGUGAAGGUGUUGCUGCAAAUAAUUGGGCUGCUGGGCGAAAUGAAAGAACUGGAGAAAGAGGCGAUUUCCCUUCAGAAUUUGUAUAUGUAUUGCCUGCUUUAGUGAAACCACCUAACAACAUAUUAGCUUUGUUUUCUCAUGAUGGAAGUGAACAAGGAAAGAGAUUAUUUAUCCACGGCCCCAAAAAUGGACCCGAGCCGGUUGAUAAACCGCAUACUUUAGAGGAAUAUGCUAUAGAUCAUUUCAGGCUUCCACCAAAGCGAACUAUACCGAGAACUCUGACAUUAUCUUCAGCUCGGAAAAGAGACACAGAUCAACUUUGGCGUCAUUCUAGGGAGCCAAUUAAACAGCCGUUGUUAAAGAAAUUACUUAAUAAAGAAGAGUUAUGUCAAGAAGCCUGUUUUGCAUUUAAUGCUUUGUUAAAGUAUAUGGGUGAUCUUCCUUCAAGGCGGACACGAACUGGCAAUGAAUUGACUGAUCAGAUAUAUGAUGGACCAUUAAAACAUGAAAUCUUACGAGAUGAAAUCUACUGUCAAAUUAUGAAACAGCUUACUGACAACAAAAACAGAUUAAGUGAAGAAAGAGGUUGGGAGUUAAUGUGGUUAGCCACUGGACUGUUUGCACCAAGUCAGAUUCUCUUGAAAGAAUUGACAGCUUUUCUAAGAACUAGACGUCAUCCAAUUGCUGUUGAUUCACUUCAACGCUUGCAGAAAACCUUAAGGACAGGCCAACGAAAAUAUCCACCACAUUUAGUUGAAGUAGAAGCUAUACAACACAAGACAACUCAAAUAUUCCACAAAGUAUAUUUCCCUGAUGAUACUGAUGAAGCAUUUGAAGUUGAUUCAAGUACUCGUGCUAAGGACUUUUGUCAAAAUAUAUCUCAAAGACUGAAUUUAAGAUCUGCAGAAGGCUUUAGUUUAUUUGUCAAAAUUGCUGAUAAAGUUAUCAGUGUUCCUGAAGGAGAUUUCUUUUUUGAUUUUGUUCGCCAUCUAACAGAUUGGAUAAGAAAAGCAAGACCCACUCGCGAUGGCUCUAUACCUCAAUUUACCUAUCAAGUAUUCUUCAUGAAGAAAUUGUGGACUAACACAGUGCCAGGCAAGGACAGAAAUGCUGACAUUAUUUUCCAUUAUCACCAGGAACUUCCUAAAUUGUUAAGAGGGUAUCACAAAUGUAGCAAAGAAGACGCUGCUCGAUUGGCUGCACUUAUAUACCGUGUUCGAUAUGGGGAAAGUAAAGUGGAACUUCAAAGUAUACCAAACAUGCUGAGGGAAAUGAUUCCUGCAGAUUUACUCAAAGCUCAAAAUGCAAAUGACUGGAAACGGGCAAUUGUUGCUGCCUAUAAUCAAGAUGCUGGUAUGAGUCCAGAAGAAAGUAAAAUAAAUUUCUUGAAAGUAAUUUACAAGUGGCCAACAUUUGGUUCUGCAUUCUUUGAAGUAAAGCAAACAACAGAUCCUAAUUACCCUGAGCAAUUAUUAAUUGCAAUCAAUAAGCAUGGUGUUAGCUUGAUCGACCCAUCGUCAAAGGAUAUCCUAGUCACCCAUCCUUUUACUCGAAUUUCUAAUUGGAGUAGCGGUAACACUUACUUCCAUAUGACUAUAGGAAAUUUAGUGCGAGGGAAUAAACUGUUAUGUGAAACUCCCUUGGGAUACAAAAUGGACGAUUUACUGACUUCAUAUAUAAGUCUGAUGUUGAGCAAUAUGAACAAGCAAAGAACCAUACGUGUAAAGCAAUAACUUAACGUCCGUCCAGAUUUUCUCGUCUGUGUGCCAGCUGCUGGCUCAGCAUGGUGCUAAAAACUGUAUCAGAUGCCAGUUUGGCUCUUACCUCUGUGCCUAUAUUUUAUAUCAUUGAAAGAAGAAUUGAUCUGAUAUUUCAUUGGAUGUUACGUUAUCAAAAUAUUGUUGAAUAUACGUUGUUUUUUAUAUCAUUCCAUUCUAACAGUAUUUUUUAGGAAUUUUACAUAUUACAAAUUAACAUUCCAUUAAAAAUAUACUAGUGUUGUACAUGACUAAAUUUAUAUUGACUUGUUAGUUUGUAAGAAACCAGUUUUUGAUAAAGUGGAUGAACAAUAUAUUUUGUAAUUCACUUUUUUUACCUUUGUGCAGCUAAUUUAUUUGAAGGUAAGCUAUCUUCAAGAUAUUAAUUUGCUGAAUUAUUUUUGAGGUUUGUUAAUGAUUAAAAAAUAUUCUCAUAUUUUGCUGGUAAUGAAAAUGCGAUGUUUUUUAUUCAAGGUUAUCCAAAUUGUUUUUAAAAACUUUUUAAGAAAAUUUUAGGACUGUGUUGAAUUUUCUGAGUUUAUCAGAGAAUAAAUUAAUUGCAUUGUUUGCAUGUACUUAAAAAUCGCAUUCGUUCAUUGAAUGGUUGUAGACAUUUCAUGCAUUUAAAAUGAUUGAACAUUUACCAUUCACUCUGGCUUUUAUAAGCAUACUUACGGAUGUUGAAAAAUGCAUUUAAACUUUUGAAUUGAUUGUAAAUGCCAUCUACUAUUAUAUCGUUUUAUAAAUAAUUUAUUCACCUUUGUUAAAUAUACUUAUGAAGUUUAUUUAGUGACUUUAAACUUCCUUACAGAUUUUAAAUUUUUACUUUAUUUCAUCUGAUUUUCAUUUG